AUGACGAUUAACGGUGGUUUUGCACUCAAUGGAAAUCAAUCAUUCCAAAGUUUAACCGGUACGCCUCUUGAAAUGUGUUCGAAUUCACCGUUGACCGGUUAUUUUCGUAAUGGUUAUUGUGCGACAUGUCCCGAUGAUUAUGGUUUACAUACCGUUUGUGCACAAAUGACACAAGAAUUUCUUGAUUUUACUCGCUCAAAAGGAAAUGAUUUAUCGACACCUCAUCCGCCUUCAUUUCCCGGCCUGAAAGAAGGUGAUAAAUGGUGUCUAUGUGCAUCCCGUUGGUUUGAAGCAUUCCAAGUUGGAAAGGCUCCACAAAUUUUUGCUCGUGCUACAAAUGUAGCAAAUUUACAACAGGAUCAAAUCAAUAAUUUACUUUCGAAAGCUAUUGAUAUGGCCUAA